AUGGCCGAGAAAGAGAACCCCAUUGUCAACGUUGCUAGUAUUACUAGUGACCAUGACAGGAAAGACUUUGGUGCUUAUGCUGUUGACUUGAAUGCUGCAAACAAGCAGCAUGUUGGUUUGAAUGAUUCCAUCAACGAACUUACUGUUGACCAGAAGUUCUACAUUCUUAAAAGAAUGGAACAGGAUAACCUUGAGGAUUUCGACGACUUGCCUCCCAGUGGUGUGUUUAUGAUUGAUAAAGUGGCCCACUUGGAUAUCAACGAAGCCGAGGUUAUCCUUAAGGACUUCUUGAAGGAGCACAGAGACGACGUUAAUAUUAGUAUUGAGUACUACGACUUUGUUGAGCUGCUUGCUCUUCACGAGUCUUCUGGUGUUGUUCAUGGUCCUUCUGUGGAGGGUAAGGAAACUUCUUCAGAGAACGAGAAGGAUGUGAUUUCUAACGAGAAAGAUGAGGCUAUCGUUCAAGAAAGAUCUAUUGAAUCUGAUGAACCAGCCAAAUGGAACACCAUCUUUGACUGGGAGUUGCAGGCUAGAGCUGAAGCCGCUUUGAUCGCUUACUGGUCGCCAUACCCAGAAGUGAGAGCUGUUACUGAUCCUUUUGAUGAUCCAGAGACGCCUUGUGAAACUGUCAGAGUUUACUUUCUUGGUUUGAUUUGGGUUAUUCUUGGUACAUUCAUUGGUCAAUACUUCAGUGAGAGACAGCCAGGUAUUGGUUUGGGUUCAAAGGUUGUUCAGCUUUUUAUUUUCCCUAUGGGUAAGUUCCUUGCUACAGUGCUUCCUGCUAAGAAGUUCAAGGUUUGGAAAUGGACUAUUAAUCUUAACCCUGGUCCUUGGAGUCACAAAGAACAAAUGUUGACUACGUUGUUCUACAGUGUCAGUGGUGGUGGUGUCUAUGCUUCCUACUUCAUUGUGCUUCAGAAGUUAGAGCUUUUCUACAAUAACCCAGACUUUGAUUUUGGUGGCCAGAUUCUUCUUGUGCUUGCUUCCAACUUUAUGGGUUUCGGUUUGGCUGGUAUUUUCCGUAAGUUUGUCGUUUACCCUGUUACUGCUGUUUGGCCAACGCUUCUUCCAACACUUGCAGUCAAUAAGGCCUUGACUAAGCCAGAGAAGAAGGAGAACAUUAACGGAUGGAAGAUUUCCAGAUUUUCUUUCUUCUUUAUUGUUUUCGGUUGCUCGUUUGUCUACUUCUGGAUUCCAAAUGUCCUUUUCAGUGCUCUUACCUACUUCAACUGGAUCUCCUGGGCUGCUCCAGAUAACUUCAAUGUUGCUACCAUCACUGGAUCAUUCUCCGGUCUUGGACUCAACCCUAUCACCUCCUUUGACUUCAACAUCAUUGGUACUAGUGGAUUCAUCGUUCCAUUCUUUGCAUACGUGAACAAUUACUUGGGUAUUGUUCUGGGUCUUUUCGUCAUUGCUGGUCUUUGGUGGACAAACUAUAAGUGGACCGCCUACUUGCCAAUCAACUCCAACCGUAUUUUCACCAACAAGGGUAAGCCAUACUCUGUCACUGCAGUUUUGGGUGAAGACAAACACCUUGACCCAGAGAAGUACGCCCAGGUUGGUCCACCAUUUUACAGUGCUGCCAACCUUGUGGUUUACGGUACUUUCCUUGCCAUGUACCCAUUGAACUUCUUUUACGUGAUGCUUACCAACUUUGACCAAAUUAAGUUUGCCAUGAUCGGUUUGGUCAAGUCCUUUGAUUUUAGAAAGAGACGCUCCACCUACGAUGGUUUCGAUGAUCCAUUCAGUGUUUCAAUGAAGAGGUACGCUGAAGUUCCAGAAUGGUGGUUUACCAUUAUCUUGGUUCUUUGUUUGGUGUUUGCUAUCAUCAACGUCCAGAUUUACGAUUUGCACACUCCAGUGUGGACUAUUUUCUUUGCCCUUGUCUUAAAUUUUGUCUUCUUGUUGCCUUUCGUCAUUGUGUACGCUGCCACCGGUUCCAGUUUGUCCAUCAAUGUGUUGCUUGAGAUGAUCAUCGGUUACGCCUUGCCAGGAAACGGUACUGCCUUGAACUUCGUCAAGACCUUGGGUACUAACAUUGAUGCCCAGGCUGAAAACUAUAUCACCAACCAGAAACAAGCUCACUACUGGAGAAUCCCACCAAGAUCUCUCUUCAGAGUUCAAAUGCUUUCUGUGCUUGUUAACAGUUUUGUCGCUGUGGGCACUAUCAACCUUGUCAUCAACAGUGUGGAAAACUUGUGUUCUCCAUUACAGCCACAAAGAUUCACCUGUCCAGGAUCCACCACUUUCUACUCUGCUUCCGUCUUCUGGGGUGUCAUUGGUCCAAAGAAGGUGUUUGGUGGUCUCUACCCUAUUUUCCAGUGGUGUUUCUUGAUUGGUUUCCUUUUGGUGUUCCCAUGUUGGGCUCUUAAGAGGUACUUUGGCAGAACUGUCAUUGGUAAGUACUUCCACCCAAUUCUCUUCACCUUUGGUUUCAUGGCUUAUGCCCCUUACAACUUGUCUUACAGCACUCCAGGCUUGUAUGUGAGUAUUGCUUUCAUGUACUAUAUCAGAAAGAAGUACACUGCCUGGUGGGAGAAGUACAACUAUAUUCUCGCCAGUGGUAUUGGAGGAGGUAUUGCCUUCAGUGCCAUUAUUAUCUUCUUUGCUGUCCAUUACCAUGGCUACCGUGUCUCCUGGUGGGGUAACACUGUCAACUCGACUGUUCUUGAUUACACUUACCCAGUGAGACUCAAUGUUACCGAACAUGCUCCUGACGGAUACUUUGGUCCUAGAGUUGGUAACUUCCCAUAA